GAAAAAUUGUUAAAUGCGUGAUCUUCGCCCACACCUUCACGACUCCGAUUUUCUGAGCGUAUGUAAGUAUAUCACUGAUUUGUCUUCUGUCGCCAAACCAAGAGGUUCGUCCAUAUCUUCAGUCCCUUGCCCCGUAGCUGAGGAUUUUAGGACGGCGCUGUACAGCUCGCGCACUGCGGAAUGCUUGACAGUGCAAGAAGGGGGAUGUGUGGUUAGGUUUCGUUAAUACAUGAAUCACUUAUAUGAUACACCUCCUACGUCAGGUUAACACACGGAGGACACAGCGAGCUUUGAGCCGUGACCGCUACCCGGCCAAUACAACUUUAUACCCGUCUCACACAAGAGCGCAGAGUGCCGAGAACUUCAUUCCGGACAGGUAUAUUUAGCCAGGCCAGUUAUUUUAAAGCGACGACUGAAAAAUCGUGAUCAGUUCAGAGAGAAAUAUUUCCGCGCCUGCCUGUUCAGGUAAAAAAUUUAUAAAUUUAGAGAACUUCGGAACUACUUUCUGUUGUCGUGAAAUGGAUGGAACUUUGCUGUGGCGGAGAGUGACUUAAUAUUCUACGCGGGGAGGCAGUCAGUUGCACGCUGACACAUUGGGCCUACUGUUGACGUCUGAGUAGCAAAAUACCAGUGGAUAGAGCACCGCUGAUUUCUGUUGCAAGGACCCGCCUGUAGGCAAUGGUUAUGGGGUCCCGCGACAUUAAGUGUGUGGUGGUAGGGGAUGGAGGGGUGGGCAAAACAAGCAUGUUACUGUCCUACACCACGGGGGAUUUCAUGAUGGAAUACGUGCCCACUGUGUUCGAUACUUUCUCAGUUACCAUGGAUAUGAAUAAUCAGAGCUGCAAUGUUGGACUCUACGACACAGCUGGUCAGGAGGCGUAUGACACACUCAGAACACUGGUGUAUUACGACACCGACAUCUUUGUCGUCUGCUUCUCCGUUGCCAGGCCGGACUCCUUUGAAAAUGUCCGCUCUAAGUGGAUCCCAGAAUUGAAGGUUUACCGCCCAAAAGCCAGGUUUAUUCUCGUAGGCACCCAAGUCGACCUAAGAGAUGAAAAUAUGACAGAAGACAACGAUCACGAGUUUAUUGGGAAGAGACAGGGAACUAAACUCUCAUUGAGAAUUGGUGCGGAGGGAUACUACGAGUGCUCCGCCCUAACGCGUGUCGGGCUAACAAACGUUUUCGAUAAAGCUGUGAUGGCGGUGCUACGGCCAAAGCGGAGGAUUAAGUUAUGGCGGAGCUUCCGGUCUGUGGUGGGCAUGUACAAAUAAUUCAUAAUUUUCUACACGUGCUCAGAUAAACCAUGUGAUCCAUGUGUGACUGAGACACUCUUUUGAAGCAGAUGGCAAUACAAGAUGGUAAAGUUUUGGGGAACAACUCAGAAACGUAUCUGCUUAGAAGCCAAAACAGCUUUCGUCACGGACCGAGGGCCGUCCAUGAAGGUGUAUUGAUCCAUUGACCUUUUUUGAAUCUGUAUACCAACUGUUUUGCCAACGAAAAGUUGGUGACUUAAGGUUGAAUUUAGUGUCACUAUCAGGUUACCUGUUAGCAGUGUCUUAAUGACAUGCAUGGAUGGUAGAACAGACCAGUAGAAAGCAGGAUGAUUUGCUUACACGUCUUCAUAAAUCACGUCUGUUCACUGAUGUAUCUGUGGUGCCAUGGCGUUUGUGGCCUUCUAACCAUAAAUCACGUCUGUUCACUGAUGUAUCUGUGGUGCUAUGGCGUUCGUGGCCUUCUAGCCAUAAAUCACGUCUGAUCACUGAUGUAUCUGUGGUGCCGUGGCGUUCGUGGCCUUCUAACCAUAACUCACGUCUGUUCACUGAUGUAUCUGUGGUUCCAUGGCGUUUGUGGCCUUCUAACCAUAAAUCACGUCUGAUCACUGAUGUAUCUGUGGUGCUGUGGCCUUCGUGGCCUUCUAACCAAGCGUGAGUCAGGGGGUGACUAACUUGGUUUCUAUUGUUGCCCAUGGUAUAUUUUUUUUGUUCUAUACCCUACAUGUAGGCCCAGGAACUUGACUCCAGGGCAUGAGGAGAGAGUGGUACAGCAGCUGUGUAACAACAAACAAUUAAGGAGUCUGUGGAUAUAGUGGGUUGUCAGUGAUUAGAAAAUCACAACACCUGUGUCACCUCUCGAGAGUCGUGUACAAGUUGAUUACUUACUUUAACAUAUGUUCAUUGAAAGAUAUCCAACUGUUCCCGUAAACUGGUUUCGGUAUGGCUAUUUUUCAACAUUAUCGUCUACUAGCAGUGAAAAGUGACCAGGCACGAAGAGAACGCGUGCUACCAAGGAAACUUUACAACUGAGGGUAUAUUUGGCAGUACGUAACGUCAAACUAAGCGCCCAUACAUAUCGUAUUUAACACUGUAAGUAUGGGCCCUGUGUAAAUAACGACUUUUCUUUAAAAUAACUUUAUAAUGUACACGUGUACUCCUUCAGUUAAUGUUUGGCGCUAAGCUGCUGCUCAUUCUCAAGCCAAUCUUACGGGAGUUAUGUCCCCUGGAAAAUAGUUUUUCUAUCUGCCGUCCCAAUCUAAAAUAGAGAUGUACCGACUGCCUCCGUUGAGAUAACAUCUGUAAUAGACUUUGGCGACACACUUUUUACAACAGCGACGUCGAAUGCGAGGCUCGCGCAUUACGUCACCUGAUCUGAGAUGACUACUUGUAAACAACUGCACGCGAUGUCGCACGUACCGUACUGUUGAGCUGUGCGCUACUCACAGGCUACGUGGUUAUUAUUAUCAUCUCCGUCCGUGCUCAAACUGAAUCAAGGCAAUUUAAAUAUAUUUACGCACUUUCCGCUUGAUUUUGCAUAACAAUAUUUAUCGCGAGUUUUUCACAGUGUUCUCGACGCUGAUUGACCUAAGGCAUAAGGUGAUAUACAAGACUUUUACCAUACCAUCGACUAAACUACAAUGACAUCUCUUUUAUCACAUGCCGCACGAAGAACAGUGACCUGCUUUUCUUUUUAUGUCGUCUUUAGUGGGCGCCGCCAUUUUGAAUAACUUUACUUAUUAGGUAAUACCUCAGUAAGUCGUUCAUUUUUAUUUUGGAUGUUUUUGAUUAAUUCAGAUGCAGGUAUUUGCUUGAUUUUAUACCAUUGAUACAGAUUUAGACUCCAGCAGUCUGAAAAUACUUAUUAAAUAUCUGAUACUCCCCUAUCAACAAUCAUCCCCAAAUUUUGGGGAAAUAACUCCCAUCUUUACACGAGCCUUGUCUCGGUACCGUAGGAUCAUGUAGAAAGGCGCGUGAUGUCGAAUGUACGCCAUAUAAUAUAGUCAAAUAUGUAUGAUAGUUGUGGUUGAGAUACAGACAUUUCCGCAGCAAGUUAACAUGAUUAAUCCCUGUGUACAUACCAUGAUGAAUUGUGUUAAUAUGUGUUAUUACAUCUGAUACUUGAUCACGUUUAUGCCCAUAUUUAAUUCGUGUUUCAAAUCGUAUUUGUGAACGUGUAUAUAUGAUGUUCAUAUAUUCCACUGUUGAUUGUGUAUAUUUGAGGAAGACUUGUGAUGUAUAUUUGCUAAAAACGUAGACAAAGCACAAUGUACAGAUCUACAAGUAAAAUGUUGUGUGAAGUAAAUAUGAAUUAUACCAAAACUUCGUGGCUGUUUUCCAGUAUUGACUACAGCAAACUAUAUGACAACUUUGUCGUGUUUGUCGUAUGGCGUUUUAUCGCACGGUGUUUAUC